AUGACUUGUAGUAAAGCGGAAAUUGAACGUCGUCGACGAGCUCGAAUGAAUGCUUCAUUGGAUCAAUUGAAAAUGUUUCAUUUAAUAAAAUCACCAAAAAUCGAAUCAAAACUGGAAAAAAUUGAAAUUUUGGAUUUAACAAUUAAAUAUCUUCGAUCAGUUGGUAAUGACCAAAGACAAGGAGCAGAAAAAAUGGCAUAUACAGGAUUCAAGGAUGGAUUUCAGGCAGCUCAAAAGGUCAUCACAUCAUUUAUUUAUAACCGAUGUCAUUCUUCUGUUUCGUCACCGUUGGUUGCAUCAAUCAAUGCAGAACUUGCAUCCGUAUUUGAUCAGUCUUUCAAAUCGAUGAAUUGGUUACGAUUCGUUUAUGGAAAUGAUGAUAAAGGAAGGGAGCAGUCUUCAUCAGCAAAUACUCCAAAAAUGAAUUUAUCCCAAUUUGGACGACAAUCAGCAAACUUCAUAUCACAAUUGCAUUCAACACCCAUUUUUCAUUCCUACAGUAUUCCACCAUCAUUCGAGUCACCUGAAAGUGCAUACAGUAACCAAUCGUUAUCACAAUCGCUAUCAUUAUCAACAUCAUCAACAUCAGCAAAAGGAAGCGACGAAAGUUUGAAUGAAUCAAACAACACGACAGAAUUCGUUUGUGUCACUUGUGAGGAAAAUUGUCUUUGUGAUAAGAAAUAAAUCCGGAACAAGCUUUGCUACAAUGUAUGCAUGAUUCCGGAUUCAUCAGUGAUCAGUGAUAUGUCUGUAUUCUGAAAUGGUGCAUCAAAUGAAAUUGCAAAAACCUUC